AAGACUAAAUUUUGAUUUCUUUACACAACUUGGAAACUUGGGAAAUUCAUAAUUUUAUGAAACAAAUAUUAGAACAAUAUUAGUCCUUUUCUAAUUCUAACCAAUAUUUUAACUAGCAAUAAGCCGGUAUAAGCAAAACCUUUAACCUCAAAUUUUCUAAUAUCCCAUCUACAAAUUAUAUGUAUAGUAUGGCUAAAAGUAGAUAAAAGAAAAAAAAAUAUGGAUAUUUUAUCAAAAUUAAAACAAUUGUACAGAAAAAAAUUUAUAAGAUACGGUAUUCCAUUUAUGUGCUUAGUUGUAGGUGGAUCGUUUGGUUUAAGAGAGUUCACCCAAAUUAAGUUUCAGUUCAAGCCAACAAAGAAAAUUACACCGGAAGAGGCUGAAAAAUAUGGUGUGAAAAUGAAAAAUCCAAAAGAAGUCACACUUGAAUCAGAAUAUGAAAAAAUUAAAGAAUUAGAUAUCGAACAUUGGGAAAACAUUCGAGGACCUCGACCUUGGGAAGAAGGAACAACGAAAAAUACGAAUCCUUUAUAAUAAUUUGUUAUCUUAUGUUCCUUUUAAAUUAGAUAUUUAUUUAACAGUACAUUAAAUAGUUAAAUAAUCUUUUUUU